AUGAGUCAGGGUCGGCCUAGGGGAGCUGCAGGGGGUCAACCAAAUAAGGGGUGGCCCAAGCCAAUGCAGGUAGCACCGGGGCCGGCACAACCUAUAAUUUAUUCGCAAAGUGGGGGUGCAAGGGCCCCACCUAAUGCACCGAGCGGCCAAGUGGCUGGUGCAUUACCCCAACAAGGUAGGCCUAAACCGGGUGUAGCAAACCAGGGUAAUGGUCAGGUUCCUUUUAUGGGUAUUUGCAAUGGUUGUCAGGUUGUAGGACACCGUUUAUCCCAGUGUCCUUAUCGGGUUUGUUUUAGCUGCCAACAACAGGGUCAUUUUGCUACAGAAUGCCCUAGCAGACAGCAAGCUCAGGUUGAGGUUUCGUGUCAGGUUUGUGGGGCUAAGGGAGCAGUUUUUGCUCAGUGUCCAAGGUGCGUGGAGUUUCGAAGAUAUUUGGAAAACGCGAAAGGGGGGGGACAAUCCAACUUCUUCCCCCCCAAUCCAAACAGUAGGGACAGGGUUAGAGGUUCCUGUGUGUAG